AUGUCUUCAGGCGAGGAAACUAGAAAGGAGGCUUGUCUUCAGUUAUUUCAUUGCGAGAAUGACCUUCCUGGUGGACGGAUGCGCUUGAUUGUGGAGCGGCAACAUAUGUGGGAAAAUGGACAAACUCUCACCGUGUCGUUUUAUGACGACCCGGAACAGCAUUCUAUGGGUAUGCACACAAAGACUCCUAGAUAUAGGCACUUGGUGGAGCAUUACGGGCGGAUGUGGGAGCGGUGGGCGAAUAUUAAGUUUAAGUUUGUGGAUGAUGAUAAUGCUACUAUUAGGAUUACUUCUGCGGAAGAUGGCUCCUACUCCGCAGUCGGCACACUUGCCAGAGACGACAGCUACGACAACCGCAGAACCAUGAACCUCGACCUCGACGGCAAUGAACCAGUUCUAAACUUCUCAAGAACAGCAUCUCACGAAUUCGGACACGCAAUAGGUUGUAAACACGAACAAAUGAACCCCAACUCCGGACUUCACUGGAUUCCAGAGAACGUGGUAAAAUGGUAUCAUGAUAAUACGUCGUGGAAAAAGGCUAGUACGGUUUAUCAUGCUUACUAUAAUUUUCAACCUAUGACUGAGGCUCGGGGAUUUGAGAGCUCACAAUGGGAUCCGAAGAGUAUUAUGCACUAUCCGUUGCAGAAGGAGUGGACGAAGGAGGGUGUUGUGGUUGAGAGGUCGAAGGUGCUUUCGGAUUUGGAUAAGGAGUGGAUUGGGAAGAAGUAUCCGUUUAGUGAUUCGCCGGUUUCGGGUGCUGGUGCGGAUAAGUUGCUAGAUAGAACCUCGUAUGCCGUCGUCGAUGGAUACGAGUACAGAGCAGCGAAGAUGUACCUCAACCUUUUCUGCCAAUCCAACUCCUAUAGUCUUUACAAAGUGACUUACCUAUUCAAAAACGGAAGCCCCACUGUGCUGGAUCCUGAUUGGGAAUCUGAGCGUAUCAAGCUUCCUCUUCAUGGAGCAGCUGCCCCAGCUCCAGGAACCCCCCUGGCUGUUAUUAGAUACGGGGUGGAAGAUUUCAAACAAAUAGUGCACCUCUUCUACCUCGAUAGAAACGAUUACAUUCGAGAAUGCAUCUUCGUCAAUAGCGAACUCAAGUGCGCCAAUAAAUUGAACACCAAAGCUGCGUCUUACAGCAGACUUAGUGCCGUAAACUGGCAGGGUAAAGAUGAGGAACAUAUCAGACUAUUCUACCAGUCCGCAAGAGACGACCAUAUCCAAGAAUACGUCGGAUUAGCAAAAUGGAACAACAAUAACGCCGUAUCUUGGUCAAUGGGUGCAUACGUCGACAUCGGAGACGAAUACCCUCUCCCAGGCUCAGAAUUAUCCUUCGUAAAUCUAACCUGGGAUACCCCCUGUAUCCGCGGCUUCUAUCAAAACACCGCCGGAGCUAUCAAACAAACCAAAUCCACAGGUGGGAAAUGGAGCCUUAUCCCGAACUGGAUGGUCUACGGUGUUCCCUACGCCACUUCAUUCGCGGCUAUGGUAUGGGAUAAAGGCCAAGUAGGCAAACACAAGCCCCUUCUAUACUACAGAAAUUAUGAAUACCCAGGCUCCGAUGACCAAUAUGUCCACAAAAUCGACCCAAUGUCCGAUGAUACAGAAGGACAGGUCCUCGGAUCUGCUAAGAUAGCUCACAACUCCAGAUUGGCGUUUAGCGAUAGCGAUGUUGGGUUUAGGGUAUUCUUUACUACACCGGAGGGGAAACUUAUACAAAAAGUUUCUCCCGGGAAAGGAAAGAGCUUUGGAACUGCGGCGGAAAUUAAAUUUGAUUGGAGUUCUAAUUUGGGACAGGGUGGGGAAGAUUCGUGGGGUGAUGGAAAUGAUGAUAAUGCUUGGGAUAAGCCGGGACCGGUGAACAAUGAUGGCUGGGGUGAUAACGGAUUGGUGCAGCCGAGUAAACCGGGUCCACCAGUUAGUUCAGGAAAGAAGGGACCUUUUGGGUGGUAA